AUGAAAAUCUCAAAACCUUCAUGGUACUCUCAUACUCUGACUUUGUUCUUCUUCAUCAUCAUCAUUAUGAUGAGUCAUGUUGCAAACUCUCAGUCUCAUCAGCUCUAUGAUGAAGAACAUGCAGUUCUUAUGAAGAUAAAACAGUACCUUCGAAACCCACCAUUUUUAAGCCACUGGACACAGCAAUCAUCAACUUCCAAUAACAACCACUGUUCUUGGCCUGAAAUAAACUGCACCACCAAUGGCAAUUCUGUCAUUUCACUCACUCUCUCCAAUUCCAACAUCACACAAGCCAUACCAACCUUCAUUUGUGAACUCAAGAACCUCACUUUUAUUGACUUCAGCUUCAACUUCAUCCCUGUGUCCAAAUUGACCAAAUUGAAACUCUUUCAUGUGUAUGCUACAAAUUUGGUUGGUGAAAUUCCAGAGAACAUUGGAGAAAUGGUGGAUUUGGAGAAUUUGGAUAUGUCACAGAAUGGUUUAACUGGUGGAAUUCCCAGUGGCUUGUUCCUGCUCAAGAAUCUGACCAUAUUGUACCUUUUUCAGAACAGUCUCUCCGGAGAGAUACCUAAAGUUGUUGAAGCAUUGAAUUUGGUUGAUCUUGAUCUUGCACAGAAUAACCUCACAGGGAAAAUUCCAGAAGUUCUUGGAAAGCUUAAGAACAUUACUUGGUUGAACUUGUCACUUAAUAAGUUGUCAGGGGAGAUUCCAGAAGCCUUUGGUAGUCUUCCAGCUAUGGUGGAUUUUCGUAUGUUCUCCAACAAUUUGUCAGGUACUCUUCCAUCCAAAUUCGGCCGCUACUCGAGGCUUGAAACCUUUCUGGUUUCAUCUAAUAUUCUUAGUGGAAAUUUACCAGAGAAUUUAUGUUACAAUGGCAGGUUACUUAAUUUAACUGUGUAUGACAAUAAUCUUAGUGGUGAGUUGCCAAAAUCACUAGGAAAUUGUAAUAGCCUACUUGAUCUGAAAAUUUACAACAAUAAGUUUUCUGGUAACAUUCCUAGUGGUCUUUGGACAUCUUUGAAUUUGUCAAAUUUCAUGGUGAGCCAUAACAAUUUCACUGGUGAGCUUCCUGAGAUGCUGUCCUCUAGCAUUUUGCGGCUCGAGAUAAGUUUCAAUCAACUUUCUGGUAGAAUUCCAGCUACUGUGUCUUCUUGGAGUAAUGUGGUAGUGUUUGAUGCAAGUAAGAACAACUUGAAUGGAAGCAUUCCACAAGAGCUAACUUCUCUUCCAAAGUUAACAACCCUAUUGCUUGAUCAGAACCAGCUCACUGGGCCGCUUCCUUCGGACAUAAUCCAUUGGGAGAAUCUAGUGACUCUGAAUUUGAGACAGAACCAGCUCUCUGGACAAAUACCAGAUGCACUCGGCCGGCUGCCGGUGCUUAGCCAGCUUGACCUUUCAGAAAAUCAAUUCACUGGCCAAGUUCCUUCUCAGCUUCCAAGACUCACCAAUCUCAAUCUUUCUUCCAAUCAUUUGACAGGAAAGGUUCCAUAUGAAUUUGAAAAUUCUGCAUUUGACACCAGCUUUUUGGACAAUCCUGGCCUUUGUUCUGAUACCCCGGAACUGAACCUUGCAUUGUGUAAUUCUACUCCACAAAGAUCAGGCAAGGGUUCAUCUUGGUCUGUUUCUUUGAUUACAAGUCUUGUUGUAGCAGCCUUCUUAAUGGCUUUGUUGGCAACACUCUUGAUUAUGAGGCUUUACAGAAAAAGAAAGCAAGAAUUUGAUAACUCAUGGAAGCUAAUUUCAUUUCAAAGGCUGAAUUUCACAGAAUCAGACAUUCUCUCCUCAUUAACUGAGCAGAAUAUUAUUGGCAGUGGUGGAUAUGGUGCAAUUUAUCGUUGCCCUGUCGAUGAUUUCGGCUAUGUUGCUGUGAAAAAGAUUUGGAAUGACAGGAAGUUAGAUCAGAAGCUCAAGAGCUCGUUUCGCGCUGAAGUUAAUGCGCUGAGCAAUAUUCGCCAUACUAACAUUGUGAGGUUGUUGUGCUGCAUUUCAAAUGAGGAAUCUAUGCUCCUUGUUUACGAGUAUAUGGAAAAUAGUAGCCUAGAUAAGUGGCUGCACAAGAAGUAUAAUAAGGCCUCCAAUUUCUCAAGUUCAGCAGCAGUGCAUCAUGUUUUUCUUGAUUGGCCAAAGAGGUUGCAAAUAGCAAUAGGAGUUGCACAAGGUUUGAGCUACAUGCACCAUGAUUGCUCACAACCUAUUGUUCAUAGAGAUGUGAAAACAAGCAACAUUCUCUUGGAUGCUCAAUUCAAUGCAAAAGUUGCAGAUUUUGGUCUGGCUAGGAUGUUGCUCAAGCCUGGUCAAUUGAACACCAUGUCAACUGUGAUUGGAUCAUUUGGCUACAUUGCUCCUGAAUAUACUCAAACAAGAAGGAUCACUGAAAAGAUUGAUGUGUUUAGCUUUGGUGUUGUUCUGUUGGAGCUGACAACUGGCAAAGAGGCGAAUGAUGGAGACCAACACUUGUCUCUGGCCGAGUGGGCGUGGCGCCACAUUCAGAUAGGAAGCAACAUAGAAGAGCUUCUAGACAAAGAUGUCAUGGAACCAAGCUACUUGGAUGAAAUGUGCACAGUUUUCAAACUUGGGGUGAUGUGUACUUCAACAUUGGCUUCUACUAGACCUUCCAUGAAGGAGGUGCUGCAAAUGUUGCAACUCUGCAGAGAUCAAUUUGAUUAUGGAGGAGACAGUAAGUUAGGCCAUUAUGAUGUUGUUCCUCUUCUUAAGGAUUCAAAAAGUGAAACAAGGUUGGAUGUUGUUGAUACUUUAUAAUAGAAUUUUGAUGAUAUACCUAUACACACGAUUGGAUGUUUAUGUAAAAAUAUAAUUUAAAUUGUUAUAAGUAUAAUUUUAGAAGUGGACUUACAAGUAUGUUAGUUUUAGUUACAAUUCUAGUUCAUACUUCAUAAGAUAAUAGAAUGUGAAAUUUACCAAAUUGUAAUUUAGAAUUAGCAACAAA